AACUUUUUCAAAAGUUAGGAGGCUAACCGAGAAUCACAGCAGCCGUGGCCGAGCUGCGGAGGAUAAUACGGGAUUGGGACCUAACGCUCCACGUUCCGGCUGACUUUAUGAAAAAUUCCCCAUCACUUUUGGAGCCUGUAUUUUCAUGUGAACUUUUUAAAGGAUGUAUUUCUACUGAAAGCCCAACUUGAAACGCUGGAAACUUUUCCACCGAAAUGGAAGGGAAUAUUCCAUGGAUUAUUUUGUCAUUUUUAUUGUUGAUACAUAUUUGCGAAGGGUUCCGUUGCGUGGAUAAAUACAGACCUUGUGAAAAUGGAGGGACAUGCAUAGAUUCAUCCUCUCGGUGCAUAUGCCGUCCUGGAUUCAUCGGUCCUCUCUGUCAGCACCUGGAUCCCUGUCAUCGAUCGCCAUGUCUGAAUGGAGCAGCUUGCAAGAGCCAGGUGGUCAAUGGUAUCCCACAAUACACCUGUGUGUGCCAGAGAGGGUUCAGAGGCCAAGACUGUUCCCUCAUUGAUGCCUGUGCCACAAGUCCCUGUGCCAAUGGGGCCCGUUGUGCCAAUUGGAAUAACCACUACAACUGCUCCUGCCCACCUGGCUUCCAGGGAAAGAACUGCCGCAAUGACAUUGAUGAGUGCCGCAAGCCUGGCGUGUGCCUCAACGGUGGCCUCUGCAUUAACACCCAUGGGUCCUUCCGCUGCCAGUGUCAACCUGGAUACAGCGGGCGCACGUGUGAGGUGUCCACGCUUCCCUGUGCCCCAUCUCAGUGCCUUAAUGGGGGCACCUGUCGACAGACCAGCGACCAUUCCUAUGAGUGUGCUUGCUUACCAGGGUUUGAGGGACACAACUGUGAGAACAACGUGGAUGACUGUCCAGGUCACAAGUGUAUGAAUGGAGGAAUAUGUGUGGAUGGUGUCAACACCUACAAUUGCCAGUGUCCACCAGAAUGGACAGGGCAAUACUGCGCAGAGGAUGUCAAUGAGUGUCUCAUGCAGCCAAACGCCUGCCAUAAUGGGGGUACUUGCUUCAACACCAUUGGUGGUCAUACCUGUGUCUGCGUUAAUGGUUGGACUGGAGAUGACUGCAGUGAGAACAUUGAUGACUGCGCAAUAGCUGUUUGCUUCAAUGGGGCCACCUGCCAUGAUCGUGUAGCAUCCUUCUUCUGCGAAUGCCCAGUUGGAAAGACCGGUUUGCUGUGCCACCUUGAUGAUGCAUGUGUGAGUAACCCCUGCAAUGAGGGUGCAGUGUGCGACACCAACCCCCUUAAUGGCCGCGCCAUUUGCACCUGUCCUGCUGGUUUUGUAGGAGGUGCCUGCAACCAGGACAUGGAUGAGUGUUCAAUUGGUGCCAACCCGUGUGAGCAUUUUGGGAAAUGUGUGAACACAGAGGGCUCCUUCCAGUGUCAGUGCGGCCGGGGAUAUGCUGGUCCACGAUGUGAGAUUGACAUCAACGAAUGCCUGUCAAUGCCUUGCCAGAAUGAUGCCACCUGCCUGGACCGCAUCGGAGAGUUCACCUGCAUCUGCAUGCCAGGCUACAUGGGGACUUACUGUGAGGUUGAUGUAGAUGACUGUGAGAGCAACCCAUGUGUGAAUGAUGGCAUCUGUCGGGACAUGGUCAAUGGCUUCACAUGCACCUGCCAGCCAGGGUUUACUGGCACCAUGUGUCAGAUCGACAUAGAUGAGUGCGCCAGCACUCCCUGCCAGAAUGGAGCAAAGUGCUACGACCGGCCCAAUGGGUUUGAGUGCCGCUGUGCUGAAGGUUAUGAAGGGACACUCUGCGAGAGUAAUAUCAACAAUUGUCAGCCCGACCCAUGCCACCAUGGUACAUGCAUUGACGGUAUUGCCAGCUACACCUGUAACUGUGAUGCUGGCUACACAGGCUAUCGCUGUGAGAACCAGCUCAAUGAGUGCCACAGCAACCCUUGUCAGAAUGGGGGCAAAUGUGUGGACCUGGUUAACAAGUACAUUUGCCAGUGCCAACAUGGAACGUCAGGCACAAACUGUGAAAUAAACUUUGAUGAUUGCGCCAGUAACCCAUGUGAUUACGGCAUCUGCAAAGAUGGCAUCAACCGUUAUGACUGUGUUUGCAAACCUGGCUUCACUGGUCCCAAGUGUAAUGUGGAGAUAGAUGAGUGUGCAUCUAGCCCCUGUAGAAAUGGGGGAACCUGUGUGGAUGAAGAGAAUGGAUUUCACUGCCAGUGUCCAGAGGGCUUUAAGCCCCCUUACUGUUACUCCCAGGUGGACGAGUGUGGCAGCAGCCCGUGUGUCCACGGCUCAUGCAGGGAUGACAUCAACGGUUACCGCUGUGACUGUGAGCCCGGAUGGGUGGGGAAGAACUGUGACCUGGACAGGAACGACUGUUUGCCAAGUCCCUGCCAGAAUGCUGGGACAUGCAUCGACCAGCUCAAUGGCUUCACCUGCAAGUGCCGCCAAGGUUUCAGAGGUAACCUCUGCCAGGUGAACAUCAACGAAUGUGCAUCCAGUCCCUGUCUGAACAAGGGUACUUGUGUGGACGGUGUAGCAAGUUUCACCUGCCUGUGUGAGCUUCCUUACAGUGGGCCUACUUGUGCUGAGGUCCUCACCCCUUGCUCCCCUAAUCCCUGUGCCAAUCAUGCCAUCUGCACACACACACCAGACUACCUGGGCUAUCAGUGUAACUGCCAGUCAGGGUGGCAAGGUCAGUUGUGUAACAUAGAUGUCAAUGAAUGCAUCUCAAACCCCUGCAAGAAUCGUGGGACAUGCACCAACACACUUGGAGGCUUUGUGUGCUCCUGCAGAGCUGGGUUUACUGGGCUGACAUGUGAAACAGACAUCAAUGACUGUUCUCCAAAUCCAUGUCUGAGUGGAGGUUCCUGCACAGAUGGUGUGAACUCCUUCCACUGUAGCUGCCUUGCAGGCUUCACUGGGCCCCGCUGUGCUCUAGAGAUCAAUGAAUGCCAGAGCUCCCCCUGCAAAAAUGGAGGCACAUGCACAGACUAUGUUAACUCAUACACCUGUACUUGUAGGCCUGGUUUUUCUGGCAUCCACUGCGAAACCAACAUCCCCGAUUGUACUGAAAGCUCAUGUUUUAAUGGAGGAACAUGCACAGAUAAAAUCAACGGCUACUCCUGUACCUGCCGCUCAGGCUUCACUGGCUCCCACUGCCAAUACGAAGUCAAUGAGUGUGACUCUCAGCCCUGCCUCAACGGAGGCAUCUGUCAAGAUGCCCUGGCAUCAUUCCGUUGCUCCUGCCCCAAGGGCUACACUGGCAACCGCUGCCAGACACCAGUUGACUGGUGCAGACGCUCAUCCCCCUGCCAAAACGGAGGACGCUGCCGGCAAAAGGAUGCUUCCUUCAUUUGUGACUGUACUAACGGCUGGUCUGGACGCUUUUGUGACAUCCCCAGGGUCUCUUGUGAGACAGCUGCUCGCCAGAGAGGCAUCCAGACUGAUGAGCUAUGCCACCACAAUGGUCACUGUGUCAACACUGGCAAUACCCACUAUUGUAAGUGUCCGCCUGACUACACCGGAAGCUAUUGCGAAAGCCAAGUAGACCACUGCGAAGAUAAACCUUGUCGCAAUGGCGCCACCUGCAGGGGAUUUGUUGGAGGUUACCAGUGCGACUGCAUGCCAGGCUUUACUGGACAGAACUGCGAGAUAGAGAUCAAUGAGUGCCAGUCUCACCCUUGCCAGAACGGUGGCACGUGCAUUGAUCUAGUGGGACAUUACAUCUGCUCCUGCCCCCCUGGCACACUGGGUGUUCUCUGUGAGAUCAAUGAAGAUGACUGUGCUCCACCUCUGAGGCUGCGCGGUGCUCCUCCUAAGUGUCUGAACAAUGGCACCUGCGUGGACAGAGUGGGUGGAUACCGCUGCAACUGUCCCCCUGGGUUCACAGGAGAAAGAUGUGAGGGAGACAUAAAUGAAUGUCUCUCCAGCCCCUGCAGUCCCUCCAACAGUCUUGACUGUAUCCAGUUGCCCAAUGACUAUCAAUGUGUCUGCAAACCUGGCUUCACAGGCCGGAGGUGUCAGAACAGGUUCAGUGUGUGUGAGUCUCAGCCUUGUCAGAGCGGAGGAGUCUGUUCCGUGUCUAGCACCUCUCCACUGGGAUACACCUGCACGUGUCAACUUGGUUACACUGGGCCAAAUUGUGAAAGGAGCAUGUCCUGUCGGGAGCUGUCAUGCUACAAUGGAGGCAGCUGUGCACUUACCACAAGGGGAGCGCGUUGCAGCUGCCUGCAAGGUUAUGGCGGGCCCCAGUGUCAGCAUCACAGUAAAGAAGGCUGCUCCUCUCAGCCCUGCCGGAAUGGAGGGCUGUGCACUGAAGAGACCAGCUUUCCAUACUUCCACUGCCAGUGUCCCAGUGGGUUUACUGGUAAACGCUGCGAGCAGGGCGGACGAGCCAUUGAGCCCCCAACACCCUCAUGCCCUCUUGCGGAUUGUCAUGGCAAAGCCAAUGAUGGUGUUUGCGACAAGGAAUGCAACACAUUCCUUUGUCGCUGGGAUGGUGGUGACUGUUCUCUAGCGGUGAACCCGUGGGCUCGCUGUGAAGACUGCUGGCGUGUCUUCAACAACAGCCAGUGUGAUGAGUCCUGCAACAACGCUGACUGUUUGUAUGACAACUUUGACUGCAAGAACAAGGAGAAAGUUUGCAAUCCAAUAUAUGAGGCCUACUGUAUCGACCACUAUGCUGAUGGAAAGUGCGACCAGGGCUGCAACACAGAGGAGUGUGGCUGGGAUGGCUUGGACUGUGCAAAGAAAGUUCCAGAAGUCCUUGCUAAUGGGGUCUUGGUUUUGGUAGUCCUACUGCCUCCAGAGGAGCUUCUCCGCACCAGCACAGCUUUCCUGCAAAAAUUAAGUGCUAUCCUACACACCACACUACGCUUCCGGCUGGACCAAAAUGGAGAAGCAAUGAUCCUCCCCUACACCCGCCGAGAAGCACGCCUCAAACGGGAGCUGCAGCCUCAACAGGAGAUCAUCGGCUCCAUAGUGUAUCUGGAAAUAGACAACCGUCUGUGCGCUGAAGACUGUUUCCCGACAGCUGAAAGUGCUGCAGACUACCUGGGAGCCCUGUCAGCUGUAGAAAUGCUCCGCUUCCCUUACCCCCUCAAAGAAGUUCGUGGUGAAAGGAUAAAUGUUGUCGAUCCUUACGGCAUACCCCAGUGGGCUAAGUUGAUGCUGGUGGGGAUGGCCUCUCUUUUCCUUUUGGUAAUCCUCGUGAUAGGCAUGUUGAUUGCCCGUAGAAAGAGAGAACACAGUACUCUUUGGUUCCCUGAAGGCUUCUUCCUCAAGAAGGAACCCAACAGCAACAAGAACCGCAGGGAACCCGUGGGCCAGGAUGCUCUGGGAAUGAAACACAUGCCAAAAACUGUGGAGGAGUCUCUCCUUGGAGAUCACAGUGACCAGUGGAUGGACUCAGACUGCCCAGAGGCAAAAAGGCUCAAGGUCGAGGAGCCAAGUAUGCUCUCUGACAGUGAAGAUGCAGUGGACAGCAGGCAGUGGACACAGCAUCACCUUGCAGCUGCAGACAUCCGUGUGCCUCCCACCAUGGCCCUUACCCCACCUCAAGGAGAGUUUGAGAGCGACUGCAUGGACGUUAAUGUCCGAGGCCCAGAUGGUUUCACACCUCUGAUGCUGGCUUCAUUCUGUGGAGGUGGCUUAGAGCCUGAGGUAACAGAGGAGGAGGAGAAUGAGGAGUGUUCAGCCAACAUUAUCUCUGACCUAAUCUACCAGGGAGCAUCCCUCGCUGCCCAAACAGACCGCACUGGUGAGACAGCGCUCCACCUGGCUGCUCGCUACGCCCGUGCUGAUGCUGCCAAGAGGCUGCUGGAUGCUGGGGCAGAUGCCAAUGCUCAGGAUAACACAGGACGUUCACCGCUACAUGCUGCAGUGGCUGCAGAUGCACAGGGUGUCUUCCAGAUUCUGAUCCGAAAUCGGGCUACAGAUCUUGACUCACGUAUGUAUGAUGGCUCCACCGCACUGAUCCUGGCAGCACGGCUGGCAGUAGAGGGCAUGGUAGAGGAACUCAUCACCUGUCAUGCUGAUGUCAAUGCAGUUGAUGAAUUGGGUAAAUCUGCCUUGCACUGGGCUGCUGCUGUUAACAAUGUGGAUGCAACUAUUGCCCUGCUGAAGAAUGGUGCGAACAAAGAUAUGCAAGAUCUCAAGGAGGAGACCCCUCUGUUCCUUGCAGCCCGUGAGGGCAGCUGCGAAGCUGUGAAGGUGCUGCUGGCUCACUUUGCAAACAGAGAGAUCACAGACCAUAUGGACAGGUUGCCAAGGGACAUUGCUCAGGAGCGUAUGCACCAUGACAUUGUGCAGCUCCUUGAUGAGUACAACACAGUAAGGAGUCCCCAGGGCCAUGGAGGGGCUGGACACCACCUCACUGGGGGGCACACUCUGUCACCUCUGAUGUGCCCUCCCAGCGCCUUCCUGCCAAGUCUGAAGACCACCCCACAGGGGAAAAAGAACCGUCGGCCUGGGGCCAAGGGUUCUGGCUUGGGAGGCCAACAUGCUGCCAGCCUGAAGGAGUCGGUCAAGGCCCGUAAUAAGAAGCUGACCUUGGACAUGCAGAGUGCCUUACUGGAGAGCUCAGUUACCCUGUCCCCGGUCGACUCACUGGACUCACCCCACGGGGGAGCCAGCAAUGCUGGCUACAUUACCAACCCCACUUCCCCUGUGGCCAUGCAGUCACCAGGGCUCUUCCACUCCUCCAUGUCUGUCCCCAACACCCCAAUGGUACAUAGUAGCAUGUUAGAGGGAGGUGGCCCCUUCGCUGUGUCUCUAGCCCAACUCAAUGACCUGGGAGCUGGGGGAAUGUCCUUGCAGGGACGCGUCUCCAUGGCUUCAGAUGCCAAUCACGGCUACGUGCUGAGUUCAGGUCAGAUGGGGCUCAACAUGGGCUUGGUCAGUCCUGUCAGUGUGCCCUUUGACUGGCACAGCCGGAUGCCCUCCUCCCAGUGUGGUCAGCAGGUGGUGAAUCUUGUGCAGAGUAGCCAGGCAGGCAUGCACCCCCAAAGCCCAGCCAUGCAACAGCAGAGCAUGCUGAUGCACCAACAGCUCUACCGUAACGCCAUGCUGCAGCCCACACCUGUUACCUCCACGCCCACUAUCAGCCCAGUCAAGCUGCCCUCCAUUGCUGAGCAGCAGCAACAACAGCAGCAGCAGCAGCAGCAACAACAACAACAGCAGCUGAUCAGCCACAGCAUCAGCAACCAGCAGAGCUUGGCCCGCAUGAGCACCUCCACCCCACCGACACCCCAGACCUCCCAGCCUCCACCAUCCUUCUUCCAGCAGCAGCAGAUGCCUCAACAACCCUCUCAGCCCCAGCCUCCUGCUCAGCCUCCACAGGCAGCCACGCCAGCAGCCCAGCCCGCUCAGGCUCUGCCCUCCCAGCCUAGCAGCAGCACUGCAGGUACAGAGGAUUACCCAACCCCUCCCUCUCAGCACAGCUACUCAUCCGCACUAGAUGCCACGCCGAAGCAUUACCUCCAUUUGCCCAGUGAGCACCCCUACCUGACCCCCUCCCCAGAGUCUCCCGAGCCCUGGUCAAGCCCCUCUCCUCACUGCGUCUCUGAUUGGUCAGAUUCCACACCGAGCCCAGCAGUUGCUGGCCCUGCCCAGACCCAAAUUACUCAAAUCCCAGAGGCCAAUGGCAAGAUGCAGGUGUUUGCGUGAAGAUCUCAUGGCCCCUGCUUGAAAAGGGACCUGGGGUGAAAGAAUUUGUGGACUGGCCCUCGGGCCUGUCGGUUUAUGUGUGUCAGCCUGUUUCCAAGAUUUUCAUUGGAUUUGGAUUGACUAUGAUUAUCACGAGGACCGUCUGCUAGUGAUGUUUGCAGAGAAAAAAAAGUAAAGGGAAAUGUGUGUUGUCUGAGAAAACAGCAGACAAUUUAAUGAAGUAAUUCUGUCACAGAUGGACUUGUUUUUUAUUAUAAAAAAAAAAAGUAUAUGAAGAAAACCAAGUCUUUCAUUUCAAAGACUUAGGGGUGUUCUCCUGGAAACUAACAAACAUUUAAAAAGUAGAUAAGAGAAAAAAGUAAAAUGUUGAAGGGAAUUCAUUUAUUUUUAUUUAUUGUUUUUAUCUUUCUGAAUUGCUUUUUUUAGGUGUUUCACCCUCUUUCUGUCCUAGCUUCUCACAUAAUGCGUCACCCCUUUUAUUUUAUAUGGACCGCCUGCAUUUCUAUUUAGCCAGUGUGGCAAGUGAUGGUAAAGGAAUAUAAUUCAUCAUUCAGACCAGUUAACAGACAGAAAGAGGAACUUUCACCUCUCGUGACUGAUAUUUAUUUAGGCCAACGACAACUGGUAAAGAUGAGAAACUGGUUUUAGCAGAUAUAUAUUAAGAGUUGCUCAGCAGUAGUGAUAUAUUCUGAUUUGAUUGAAUUGUGGUAAUUGAUUACUUUCCAUAUGAGUAUUAUGAAUAAGAAUGUAGAUGAGUGUCUCUGAAGCACUUCAAGUGACCAGCCUCGAAGGGCAAGUGUGGGUCAAAUACAACGUUUAACUGCAAUGGAUAUUUAUAUUAUAUGGGUGGCAUUUAGUCCCUGGCAAUUGUCAUUUUGAACUUUGAAAAUAAACCAGUAGAGUAAGGUUUAGGAAUAAAACUCCUAUUUCAAGUGUAGUUUCUCACUGACUCUACAGGACUCGUACCUCCAGUUCUACUGUCAGACUAUGGAGUCGAGCAGUGACAAUAAGUUUUGGCAUCUAAAAUAAAAUUUGGCAUUGAAAAAGGAAACAUUAGUACUGAAAAAAAGUGCCACAGAAAAUAUAACAGAGGGAUUAAAAUUGUUUUAUUAUUUUUAUUUUGCAUUCUGAUGCGUUUGUCAAUGACAGUCCUCUGAUUUUUUUUCUGUGUCACUCUUGAAGGAGUCCCGAGGCACCGUUCUCUCCUUAGUAUGCAGAUUAUGUAAAUCACGCUGUCCUUGCCUCUCCCCUCAAACCCCUCAUUUCCACGACAAGACAGUGACAGGAAGUUGAAACUGAAGACUCUACGCAUUUAAAAAAACAAAAAAAAAAAACAAAAAAAACAUUGACACUGAAAGAAGAGGAGCCUAGGAAAAAAAAUCAGAAAACUGUCAAUGAAAAACACACCAGGAUGCAAAAAUAUAUAUAUAUAUUAAAAAAAAAAUAAUAAUUGUAAUGCCUGUGUUUAUUUUUUAGUCAAUGUUUUUUCACUGCCAGUGAUUCCUUUCUCAAUGCCAAAUUAUAUUUUGAUGCUAAUAUUUACUGUCACUGCUCUGGCUCCAUUUCAACCCCAAUAACUGUGUUGUUUUGCCUUUAAAAUCAGCCUCUCACUGCCCUUUUUAGUUAAUGUUUAUUUUUUUGUUUGUUCCAUUUGUUUUAUACUCUGUAUAUUUGUGAAAACCAUGGAUACCUUUUUUUUAACAUCACUUCAGAUGUACUAAGCUAUGCUUACCAGCUGCUAUUUUGUAUCACCCUUUCCCGCAAACAUUCCUCCAUUUUGCCUGUCGUUUUGUUUCUGGAUGCUGCGCCUUCAGCAGCUUCCAAUGCAGCGUCAAACCACAUGACAGACAGGUAGAAGAUUAAUUUGUCGAGCCCACAUCAUGUGGACUAAAUGGAAACAUUCCUGGACUAUCUGUGGCAGUUGAGGUUGACGCUCUCGCCUCGUCUCUGGUGGUGUCUGCGGUGGAGUAGUGGUCAGUGUGAGGGUGUAGCUGCUGGGCUGUGACUGCUUGUGCCCUGUCACUCCUCAGGGAGGUGUUUUAUGGCAUGCAGUGGGACAGUUCCUCCUGCAUCUACAGUAGCUCCCAGUCCAGGGGCAGCGGAGAUGCAUCUUGAGAUGAUUGUUAGAAGAGACUGAAGGAAAGAACACUACUAUGUAGUGCUGCACCCUUAAACUUUUUACAGAAUCCUGAGGUGACACUCCCAGUCAUCCAGCUAACACCUUGUGUAAUGUCUGACCAACUCUUUGCCCCCACAUGACCUGAGUGUGUAGGGUGGAGGUCAUCCUUGCCUUAACGUACUGUGGACACUUCAGUAUAAAGUCAAAUGAUGAUAGUAGAAUUUUUGAGAAAAUAACCAUUGCAUUUUCACCAUGACCAGAAAUUAGUAGGCCGCCACUCCUAGCUACUACUUUUGUGGUGACCUAACACUGCCCCUAGUUGUGUCAUAGAGUUUAUUUUUCAUCCAUUGUUUUUUCUUGUUCACUAUAGACUCGGCUACUGUUUUGUCAGACCUGGGAAACAUGUUGUUCACAGUCCAGUUCAUACUUUACUUACAAAAAAUGUUUUCUGUUUUUUUAUUUUUUUAUAUAUAACUGGUCUUUCAAUUUCCCUACCAGGUCGCACUAAGUGUUUUGUACAUUUCAACCUCCCAACUUCUGUUUGUACAUAUGUUUGUUCUGGGUAGAUCUUUGCUUGAGAAGUCUUAUGUUUCUGAAAUGAUUGUUAUGUACUAAAAAGGACAAAAAUAAAAAUGUACUUCAUUUAGCAUUAUUUGAA